AUGCUACCGACGUCAUCUACCGGCAGAGCAGCAGCUCUGGCAGCUGCUGCGCGCCCAAAGAGCCACGCAGGCCAGCCUGUUCCCGUGCGGCAAAGGCUGGUAGCGUCGCUUCCAUCUCGAGAGAUGAGCAGAUUUCUGGCAGCUUGUGUUGCCUGGUACAUGGCCUCUGCGUUGAGCAGCAACACCUCCAAGGUGAGCGCGACCACGAAGCUCGAUUUGCUGGAACGCCAGUCAGAAUUCGAGCUGAUCACUGCAAAGUCUUGCCGACUUAGGCUCUCUUAUCAGCACCAAGGCGGAAAUCGGAGGCGGCCGCUCUGCCACCCUUGUCUGCGCCAUUCCCGUAUCCAGUCUCCUUGACCUUGAUACAAUUCCUCUUUGUGCACAUCUUUUGCGCCAUGGCCGCCUCACGGACUUUGACAUCCUUCGUCGGACUUCGAACACCACUUGCCAAGCUGCAGCAACCCAGUUGGAAUCGCAUCAGGGAAAUGGGCACGUUGAGCAUCUUCAAUGCUGUAGGGCACGCGCUGUCCAGCUUGGCCAUUUCUAGAGUGCCGGUCAGCACAGUCCAUACUAUCAAGGUUCGUGCAAAAUAGGAAUGUCAGCGGCUAUGAGCGGACGGGCUGCGUAGCAAGCAGACCGUCAGAACCAGGAUUAAGGAAUGCAUCAAGGCACAUUUCAACCCAGACCAGUCAGCGUAUGGCGCCCCAUUGGCCACCGAGAUGGCAACGUCGGAGCUGGGCGACACUCUUGACUCCAUUCGUGCACUAUCGCUGACACUCUAAUGUAUUCUCCUUCGAACAGGCUCUGACGCCGCUUUUCACAGUUCUAUCUUUUCGCCUGCUCUUUGCCGUCGUCUAUCCGUUCAGAACCUACGCAUCUCUCUGCCCUCUAACGCUCGGAGUGAUGAUGGCGUGCACUGGCAUGGCUUUCAACGCCGAUGACCUGCUCGGACUGAUGGCCGCGCUGGCGAGCACGUUGGUCUUUGUCGCGAACAACAUUCUUUCUAAGAAGGUGCUGACAAAGGGCGGUCAUGGGCCAGGCGAGGGUGAGAAGACGGACAAGUAUAGUGUGUUGUACUACAGCUCCGGUAUCUCAUGCGUUGUGAGUCUCGCAGAGCGCGUCAAAGUCAACACGCGCUCGGCAAGCUCAUGCGAAGCUUGGACUUGGUUUCUAGAUCAUGCUGCCAAUGGUCAUGUAUGCCGACCUGCCCAGCAUGCUUGCAGCAGCUGUGACGCCAGAUGACCCAUUGCAGAAGGAGCGCCUACACGAUCAUCUCCUCGAAACGAGCACCGGAGUUCGUGGUAUGCAGGUCACAGCGCUGGGAGUCAUGUGGGGUUUGACGGUGAAUGGCAUCGUGCACUUUGCUCAAAAUAUCAUCGCCUUCAGUGAGUCCAUCCCGGAACAGACACCGACAUCUGCGUAGCUAAUCGCGACCCUUGAAAUGCAGGCGUUCUCGGCCUGGUCUCGCCAGUGA